CGUAGCUUACCGACCUGUUUUAAAAGGACCCACGAUACGACUUGUCUUCUCGAAUAGUGUUGACGUAACUACCUAUUAUUUCAAGUCAAACAACCAAGCCUUAAAAAAGCCACGCGUCCGGAAUAUAAUUCGGUGAUAAGAAAUACCUGAAUUGGAUGUUGAGACAUUCUCGGCACAGCACCAAAACCCGUGUGCCAUUCUGCCAUUCCAUUGGUCCCAGUAGUCAGUCAGGCGCACUUAUUCCUGCGUUGCUAUCUUUGUAACUGGCUACGUAACACACCUCAUUCGCAGCCCCGUACCGACGUAUCCGGACUUCUUAGUAACCUUAGGCUAUCCACAAUGCCCCGACCCGGGAAACCCCAGUCUGCGACUGCGACCGCGACCGCGACCGCGACUGCGACUACUAAUUCUUCCUCCUCAAUUACUUCCGCCUCCGUCCGAGCGAGGAAAUCUGCCGUAGCUGCUGCUGCCGAGAAGAGACGGACAAAUAUACCCCGUAGCGGCGACGGUCCGGCAUCUUCGGAAGACGACGACGACGACGACGGCUACGCUGCCGGAGAUUCUGCCGCUAUGGCUUCCUGGACGGUUAGGAAUCGGUGGAUUGUAUUUGCUGUUGCUAGUGGUGCUUGCGCUGCUUUUAACGGUGUUUUUGCCAAAUUGACUACAAAUGAACUUUCUACUCAUAUAGCCCGGGGAAUCUCGGGACUCUUUGGGUUGACAGACCUGGAACGAGUUGUCGAGGUUAUUGUGCGAGCUAGUUUCUUCGGUCUUAAUUUAGCCUUCAAUGGAGUGAUGUGGACCCUUUUCACACAAGCCCUCGCAAAAGGAAACUCAACAACACAAGUUUCCAUCAUGAACACGUCUGCCAACUUCGUCAUCACGGCUUUGCUCGGGCUAGUUAUCUUCUCCGAGUCGUUGCCACCACUCUGGUGGGCCGGCGCCGCAUUACUUGUCGCCGGGAACGUCAUCAUCGGUAGAGGCAAGCAGGAAGAAGGCAGCGAGACGGCAGCUACCUUAGAUGAGGGUGGAUAUCAUGAUGAAGAAAACAUUAACGACGAUCACGACGCCGAAUCGGCAGCCGAGUUGGGCCGCGGGACCGGCGUAGCCCCGCAGGUCGAGGGCAUCCUACCUGUAGAGAAGGACGAUGAGGAUGAGGACGUUGCCCUCUUGGGAGAUUUAAAUUGAAUCGGCGUACGCUUAGGAUAAGCGACAGAUUUAUCGGGAGAUAUAGAGAGUAGGUAGGUAUACAUUUGCUCUUUAACGAGCUCGGAGAAGACUGAUGCCUAUGACUACCACCUAUAUAUAUCGAAUAUAUGUCCAGAUAAAUGGAUAGAAAUAGAUUUGAAGUCCACCUUAAAGCCUUUAA